UCCGUACUGGCAUUUCCCACAACAGGUAAGUGGGUCAACGUAUAUAAACCCAAGUUCAAGGUAUCUAAGAAGCAUUUGCAGUAGUUAUCUUCCGACAAGUGCAUGUCUGUCUACCUGUUGUGACUGUCUGUGAUUUAGUAAAAGAAUUUUUAAGAUGUACAAGCAAUCAGUUGGAUGGGCCCUUUUCGCCCUUCUAGUCAGCAGUUCGAUAGUCAGCACAAUAUCGUUUCCCUCAGACGGCGGCUUCGUCCCCGUCCGAACCCCCCAACUGCCCGCCCAAAGGAUAGAACGUAAGUUCGCCGAAAAGCCGAACGCUAUCAAAAAAGUAGCCCUCGAUGAUUUAGAUGACAUCCAAACCAACCAGAUUUCCGAAAACGGAGGCGGCGGCUUCUCCUGGUCUAACCUUCUAGGUAUGCUAAUGCAGAUGAUCUUCAGUCCCGGUGGUGGCGCCCACCAAGGCCCCAACAAAUCUGAAGGGUUAGACGAUACAGGCGUUGCACCUUCCCCAUGGGCGAAUUUACUCUCCGUUGGUCUUAAAAUCCUCACGGCAAUUCUUGGAGGAGGCGCAGGCGGAAACAGUGACGGAAUUGACAAAGUUGACAAUGGGUCUCCCAUGCAGGGAGUUCUGGCGGCGAUUAUUUCAACGGUGCUUGGAUCUAGGGACCCAAAUCAGGUCAACAUGAUGGCUAAACAAGCUGGGGAGUUCAUCAACAUCGUGGUGAAUCUCUUGGACGCUUUGAAAACAUCCUUCUCUCACCGCUCUAUGGCAGCGAGAAACAUCGGCAAAAAGGACUCGAUCAGUGACGCCGCCGUCGCCGGAAUUGCCAUGAUGAAGGGUUACGUCAGGUCAUUAUCCACCGCCGACAGCAAAUGCAUGCAGAAAUACAUGUGCGUUGCUAACAGCGAAUGCUCGACAGAUGUUGGCCAAAGCUCUCUCUUCUGUCACCUCGGAAGUUAUGCCGCUAGCUUCAUCUUGGACAGAUCGACGAGCUCCACCACAUUUGAUUUACUCUACGAAGCUGGGAGACGAGGAAGAUCCGGUGAUAACUGCCGUCAAGCGUACUUGGAAUGUAACGAAGUUUGAAAUUCCACUUUAGAAUCACACAUAUCCAAAAUGAGCAAUAAUUUAUUUGUAAAAUAGUAUUUAUUUGUUGUUUCAUUACAUGACACAUGAUUUUAAUCGGAAAUCGAUGGAAAUCAAGGACUGGUCCGAGCUUUGUUAGUGGAUGCGGUUAUUUUAUCAUUUUUGAAUGGUUGCAUGAAUGAAUGACUGAGUAGCGAAUGGGGUUCAUGUACAGUAUAAAUUAUAACUCGAUUACAAUAAAGUUUAUUUAUUCAUUAAAA